ACUUCCAUUUCCCCGCAUAUUUUAAAUAAGAGGGAAAAGGAUUCGUUCAAUAACGAUCUUCCUUUUCUUACUUUUCUCCAUUACUUAUUUUCUCUCCACACCAAAAUAUUACAAAGACACGUGCUUAUAAAGAAAUUUAUAAAAUCCGUACAGUUCCAAGCCGACGUAAAAGGAACUGAAAUUUUCUCAAUUAAGAAUGUUUGGAUGUCCAUCCAAAAAGAGCUCAUGAGAGUGCUGAGCAUUUACUUUGGUGCUGACGAUUCUUGCUCGGGUCCUGUAAAAAACAGCAGUGCGAUUGUUGAUCCCGUAGAAUUAUUUAACAACCAUGAAAAAAUUUUUAAAGCUCCUCUGUUUCGAUUUGCAUACUCCUCAUUUUCCCACGGAGAUUGGUCGAGUGCGGAGGCUGCUGCUCCUGUAGAGAAACAACUUAUAUGUGCUGUGCAUCCCGGCAACUUCCCGCUUUGCUACCGCUCCGUCCACGCCUUUCUCGUGCAGAUAGAGAGCCAAUUCUUUCGGGCCUCAAGCACGGACGUUCUACUUAACACAUUGCUCGGCGCCUUCCUAAACGACUACGGCACUAACACGUUCUUUACUCUUGUCAAAGAAGAUGCAAUUAGAGCGCUGGAGCGUAUCCGCGACGAUUACGAAGCAUUUAAACCCGCCGAAGAAGGGAGUAAGCCCGACGAGCCGGCUCUUGCUAAAAAUGUUCUGGGAGCAGAGAGCCUGCUACAACGAUUGCUCGGCCUGUGCCUCUCCCUCCCGGGCCACACGGAUGCGCUUUGCUUGAUUAUCGUAAACUUGCUAUCCCAGUUUCUUAUGCUAUGCAACGAGCGCUUUGAAUCAAUCAGCGCAGGAAAAACCGCAGGGAGGCACUUCACAUCUUUUGUGUGGCUUAGUGACUCUGAACUUGUGCAGCUUUUACAGCAAUAUCCGUCUUACAAAGCCCUGCAGCAAAAUCCGCUUGGUAAAAAACUUCAGACUUCUGUAAAUUCUGAGCAGAAACAGGAGAUCGACAAGGAAACAAAACAGCUGCAUCAAAAACAAAGAGCCAUCGAGGAGAGGAUUUUUCCAGUAGAUCACGAAUUAAGUAACGUUAGGAUCAUUCCAAGCCUUAAAAAUCUGGGAACGCUCGCUUGUUUGGCUUAUAGUCUUGAGUGGUUUUUUAACAAAAACCACAAAGAUCAUCUCGAGCGAUUUCUUCCCUCUACUGCUUUGCUUACCCAAAAAUAUACAAAGAAGAUUUUUGAUUUACUUUCGCAACUUAAAGAUCUUUCAAGGAAUUGUUUACUUUUAUUGAAGUUAGAAAUAAGAAGUCAAUGUUACUUUUACCUUUUAACAGCUUUAAAAAAGGGAAAUUAUAAUCUCGAAGAAGAUCCGAUCCAACCCGAAGCAAAUAUUUCAAAAUGGAACGAAGUGCUGUGCUCAACUGAGGAAAUGUGCAGCAGUCGUUUAACAGCUGUUUACAAAAGAUUUUUAUUUACGGAGUUGGAGUUGCUCACCAACGAUCUUCUGAUCCACAAAGUAAAUCUAAUUUCUUCUAUAAAUCCCCGCGGCGUGGUGCUGAUGUGCCGCAAUAUUUACGCUCUGAAACAAAAUCUGAUCAAUCUUGGCAUUAACGGCACCGAAUUAACUCAAAGUUUAACUUACUAUGAGCUUUUAAAUCGGCCCGUUCAGGGAAUUGUAGAUGAACGAAUCAAAGGAAAAAACAGUUUAUUUAAUGCUGAUCAGAUCGUCCAAAUUCUGAAAUUAAUCGAGAGAAGCUACCAUAUCGGCUCCGACAUAAUUGCUAAAGAACUGGCCCGAUUAAAUGCAGAUUGAUCUCAAUUAUAUUCUAAUUUUCAGCGAAAUAAACAAAUAAGCCCAUAAAAAGGAGUAGACUAUCAGUUUUUUUUAGAUUCGUCAUUCAUAAAUACAUGUGAUUGCUUAAGUUCUUCUAAAUUAAGCUCGGUCGCGUCCAUUGCGUGGUGAGACGCUAGAGAAGCUACGUACGACUC